AAACCAGUUGAAAUCCAAACUGCCUCAAAUCACAGUCCCCAUAAAGAGGCAGCAAUAUUAUGGGAAUCAAAUUUUCCCAUUUGAAAUAUGUUGAAAAAUCACCAAAACCAACAUCAUCCCAGAACCAAAUACUUGCUUUCCAUUCUCCUGAUAAAUGGAAGGCUCACUUUGAAGCAUCCAAAGAAACAAACAAGCUGAUGGUGAUUGACUUCACUGCUACAUGGUGUGGACCGUGCAAAUUCAUGGAGCCAAUUAUCGAAGAAUUUGCUGCCAAGUACACAGAGGUUGAGUUCAUUAAAAUUGAUGUGGAUGAGUUAAAGGGGGUGUCCCAAGAAUUCAAUGUGCAAGCAAUGCCAACAUUCAUCUUGAUUAAGAAAGGGGAAGUUGUUGACAGCGUGGUAGGAGCAAGAAAGGAGGAAUUGCAGAAAUUGAUUGAGAAACACAGGAAAUGAAGAUUCACUUAUGUACAAAUGCGCAUGGAUCGUGAACAACUUGAGAUGGAACAAAGAAACAUGUGCAAGUGGACGUCAGCGACGAAACCUUCGUUGUAAUAGGAGAUUUUCACCGUAUAAUUAACAAUACGUUUUGUUAUAGUUUUAAUUAAUAAAGUUGUAUUGUCUAAUACGAUAAGUUUUUGUUAAUUAUUAUCAUUUAAUAAUAA